CUCUCAUAAUGUCUGCAAACCUUUGAUUUCCUUCGCCUCCAUCACCACUCAAGACAGGAUGGCUUCAGAUUUCCAAACAGCCUUUGAGGUCCUCCGAGGAUCCGUCACAGAAGGGAGGGCAGAGAAUAUGCGCUACAGGCAGAACGAGCUCUACUCUCUUCACUUGGUGUUGCGAGAGAAUGCAGAGCCCAUCUGUGAAGCUAUCACCAAAGACCACGCCGGUCCGACCGUGAAAGCUGAGACGGAGUUCUUCUUGGCAAUGGACGCCGUGCGGAUAUCCUACGAGAGGUUAGACUUCGAUAAAUCAAUGGCAGAGGAAUAUUUUGUCAAAUUUGGGAAGGACAAUAGGGAAAGAAGGGCAGCUCUAGGCUUGGUUGCUAUUCGACCAUCAAGGCACAAUCGAUUCUAUUCGGUCAUCACCCCUCUCGUGGCUGCUCUUCAAGCAGGGAACUGUGUCAUUAUUGAGCUUGGUCGCUCCUCGCCAGCAGUUGAUGGCGUAUUGCUAGACAUCCUCCCGAAAGCUUUGGAUCGAGAUACUUUCCACAUCAUCACAGACAAAAUCGGAGAACAAUACAAAGACCAUAUCAAUCUUUUGGUUGACCAAGACACCUCGGAGAUCUCUUCACCUGCCAAGGGUUUACAAUCACCGCCGCAAGGCCGGACGGUCUGCUUUCUCGAUCGGACUGGAGACGUCGAACUUGCUGCCAAGACUAUCACAAGCAGCCGAACCUUACCAGAUUUCUCGUCUCCGUACUCUCCAGAUCUUGUGCUAGUCAAUGAGUACCUCAAGGAAAACUUCAUUGCUCGCUGUUUGGAUUUUGCCACUCAAGUCGAACCGUCAUGUCCAUCCAAAGCUGCCUCAUCCGACGAUCUUGAGUUUCAGAAGAUUCUCAAGCAGACAGAAGCUCGUGGAGAAGUCGCCAUCCACAAACGAAACAAUGAUUUCAGCAUCAUUGAACUGAAGAUCAGAUCUUCAAAGUUCACAACCCUCAAAGUAAAAGGCCCCUAUAUUCUACUCCUCCCAACCACAGGAAUAGUAGAUUCAGUCACACUGCAACGCUCAUUGCCGACACUCCUCUCUUCCUACAUUUUCGCCAGUCCUUCUGCAAGCAAAUUCAUUGCCGAACAAAUUCCAUCACAUGCCACCUAUAUAAAUCAAGUUCCACCACAACUUCUUAGUAUAUUAGCCCUCCCAACUAUUUUUUCCAAGCUAACAAGAGAAUCAGUCGGUCCACCAUCCCCUACGAAUCAUUCACACGCCCUCCACCCUCGGUUCACAUCUGAUAUGUUCUCGACACCCCGACCACAAUUCAUCACGCCUCCAGCCACUUUACCUGCACCCUCAAAACUCAUGGAAAUUGCUUUGAAACAACUAAAGCCAACAAGACAGAGGCCAGGGCAUGCAAUUGGAUUUUUCGAGCAGGGAAUCUUGCUCGGUUUAACUUCAACCGCUCUCGUGGUGCUUCCUCUGCUAGGUUGGGGAGCGUUCAAAGCCGUUAAAUUUGGUUUGAGAUAUUUAUGAGAUAGGCAUGGCGAUGAUAUAGAAGUACGGAGAUCGCGGCAUAAAGUAUCAAGAAUACAGGUCUGCCCAUUAUUUAUGAAUUAAUGCAAAAUUAUAAGUGGUAGGCAUAACUCAACUCCUCGGGCCCAGUUAUCGC